AUGAGCUCCGCACCACCCGCGCAAGCAGUCGCGACGGACAAGCCGUCCCAUCUAUCCGUAAUCGUCGACCUGUCCCCAUCGCAAUGGCACCUGUCCUCCCAACCGCCCCCAGCAAACACCUUCCCGCUCACCCUCAACUCCUUCCUCUCGCAGCUCCUCGCGUUCCUCAACUCGCACAUAGCCUCGAAGCAUGAGAACACCCUCGCCGUGUUCGGCGCGUUCCCCGGUAAAAGCUUGAUGCUGUACGCGUCGACGGAGAGCGAGACGAUCAAUCCGAGCGCAGUGGAUGCGAACUCGUAUCCCCCGUUCAAGAUGCUAGACUCUACGAUAAUCAAGCGGAUAGAGAAUGAGCUGGAUCAACUUGAUACCGACGAGGAAAGUACGUUACCCGUCGCCCUCGUUGGCGCGUUGACGAAAGCCUUAUGUUACAUAAAUCGCAUCAGUCACUUCUCCGCCGCCAAUGUUUCCAAAGCUAAACUCCCCGACUCACUAACAACCUCAGACCCGCACAUCCUCAUCCUCUCCGUCUCCCCCGAUCUAUCUGCAGAGUACAUCCCCAUCAUGAACUCCAUCUUCUCCGCGCAGAAACUCAAAGUGACUAUAGAUGUGUGCAAGAUCUACGGUCCAGAGACCGUGUUCUUGCAGCAAGCAGCCCAUCUAACGGGCGGGUCGUACAUCUCCCUCGAGCGUCGCGACGCGCUGCUUCAGUAUUUGACGAUGGCAUUCCUCUCCCCGCCCUCGAUUCGUAAAGCCUUGUCCGUGCCGACGCAAGAUAAGAUCGACUUCCGCGCCGCUUGUUUCUGUCAUAAGAAGAUCAUUGAUAUAGGUUUCGUUUGUUCUGUCUGUCUAUCUAUAUUUUGUCAACCUGUUCCCGUAUGUUCGACCUGUCGAACGAAAUUCCCUAUCAAAAUACUGCAACGACUCAAUGCAUCCCGCCCUCCUCCAACUCCUGGUAGCAAUGGGUUGAGCAGAACUACGUCCAUGUCUGGGACCGGGGGCUUGCCACACAGCGGGUCCAUUAGGACGUCGACAUCGAACGGAACGUUAAGGUAG